UUAAAUCAUGCUAACAACCUGUUAAAUCAUGCUAGCAACAUGUUAAUUCAUGUUAGGAACACGUUAAAACAUGUUAGCAAAAUGUUAAAACAUGUUAAUACGCUUAUUAUGUUAACAAACUACUAACUUAUGUUAGCAACAUGUUAAAACCGCCUCUGCAGAAGAUCAACGCCUACUUCUACAUCAUUUAGCCCCACCCACCAAUUCAGAAGUAAAUAUGAGACAGACGCAAACACAGAUUACGAGAGACGCCUCUGAGGAUUACAAGACGUUUUUAAGUGCCAAGUUGUGGAAAAACACAAUCUUUGCAGGGCCUUCCUAUAUAACAGAGUGUGAUUGUGAAACAUACUGUAAUGCACUUUAACGAGAAAAUAAGUUAAUCACACAAUGUCUGUUCAAAAUGACACAAUUACACACAUUAUUUUACACAAUAUUUACGCUAAACAGGAAAAACUCAGUAGAUUUUGAAACUGAUAGCAGGUGGCUAAAAUAUAUCAAUCUGUCACUAAUAUUUAAAGAUUUGAAGAAAUGUAGUUAAAUUUGUGCAGUAAAUUUGUGUAUGUAAAAUGGUUUACUGUAUGUAAAUUUAUCAGUAACCUAUGGUCUUAUGAUCACUGUUAGAUGGCUCAUACGCUGGCUCUGGUAUAUGUAUAAAUGACCUCACAUUGUAGAUUUGCUUCUUUCAAGCCAAAAUAUUAUUUGAAUGCAGAACACUCUUUAAACAGGAAAUUCUACUUUUUUUUUCACUCUUUUUUUUCCUUUGCAAGAUUGAUGCCACUUCCUCAUUUAUUUGAGUGCAGUUUGAAGUUAUGUAGACAAACACAGGCUUUAACUCAAGCCAUCUUGUAGAAACUUUUUAACUAAGUAUUUGAGAAUAAUGCACUAUAACAGUGUGAAUUCAUGCAGAACCAAGUGCUUGCCAGCAAAACUGCAGUCUCAGCCGUCCUCCCCACAGUCCCGCUGUUCAUCUCCAUCAGUCUCCAGCAGCAAACUCAUGUCCCCGUCACAGAAACACAGCAAGAAGGCCCUCAAACAGGCACUGAAACAGCAGCAGCAGAGGAAUCAACGCCGGCAAUGUGGAAUCCCCAAUGCCUCAAGCCCACGGCUGCUCCUCAAGACUGUCAAAGACAUGGCUCAUGACUCCUCCAAAUCCUCCUGGGAGCUGAAACAGACAGAGCGCUGCCCUGCCAGUCCACAGAACUCUACCUCCAGCUCGUCCUCCUCCGUCAAAGCAGAUGUGUGCCAUGCGACCGGUGCCCGCAAGGUGUCUCAGCGCUCCAGUCGGCUCAAUGCCAGACAACUGAGGCGUACCAAGUGUGAGAUAGAUGUUGAGACACCAGAUUCCAUCCUUGUCAACACUAACUUGCGAGCGCUGAUCAACAAGCACACAUUCUCAAUGUUGCCUACAGAGUGUCAACAGAAGCUUCUUAAGAUGCUGCCAGAGGUUGACCAGCAGGCUAGUAUGGAUGGAGCAUUGAAAGUGACCAGCUCUGCCCUGAACAAUGAAUUCUUCACAUCAGCAGCACAAUCUUGGAAGGAGAGGUUGUCAGAGGGUGAGUUUACCCCAGAGUUGAGACUGAGAAUGCGGCAAGAAAUUGAGAAGGAAAAGAAGGUGGAACUUUGGAAAGAGCAUUUCUUUGAGAGUUACUAUGGUGAACACUCUGGACUGAGUAUAGAGGAAUCCAAAGAGCUGACAGAAGCCAGGGACAUUCCUGAACCAGCUAAAAGCUCAGUCCAAUCAGAAAAGCCAGAGAUUGUCAAAGAGCCUCAGAAGAUAAACCCAGUGACAGAGGUCAUCCACAUGGAGUUGAGAUCCAGAGAUGUCAAAUCAACAAUAACGCAUGCCUCACCUGAAGAGCCAGUCAAACCUCCUGCUUCAAAGCAAUCACAUUUAUCCUUAGACACGAGGAAGGAUACGCAGGAAGAAUUGAUUCCAGAGUCCUCUGUUCAAAAAGCAGAGGAUCCCAAACCUGGCAGUGAGAAAACACUGGAGAAUGAGAUCACAUGUAAGACCCCAGCAUCUUCUUUGGAAGCGGAAGUUACAUGUUUGAAAGGAAAGGAGACACAGACCACUAAAGAGGAAAGUCCCGUAGGUAACGCUGGACAGAUCACGGAGAGCAAUAAGGCUGGAUCUCCAAUAACUGCUGUCACAUCUGAGCCUCUGAAGAGAAAAAUCUCUACUGAACUGGAUACAGAGCUCGGAACCGAGAAGAAGCCCCGUGUCUCUUCAUCAGAAAUGUCAUCCACUGUGACAGCUAAAGAAAAAGUAGAACAGAGAGUACCACCUCUCAAAAUCCCAGUGUCAAGAAUUCUUUCUGCCCCUGCCUCUUUUGAGCAGGUAUCUCCAAGGACUCCUGUUCCCUUGACACCCCCUAGCAUUCGGCCCGGUCGCACCGGUGCACGCACUCUAGCUGACAUCAAGGCAAAAGCCCAGUUAGCGCGUGCACAACGUGCUGCUGCUGCAGCAGCCGGGUCAUCUUCCUCAAGAGGAACCGGCUCAGUUGGAGGUACCUCAACACCCUCUCCAGCUCGGUCCCUGUCAGAAGAUUUUUCACCAGCAAGCAGCAGAAGUCAAUCUGUGUCGCCUAUAAAGCUAAGCUCUGGAUCUCCGGCCCCUGAAGGCACAGUGACUCUCUCACAAACCUCUCCUUCCUCAGGUUUUACUGGACACACAGAAUCUGGUUUUGUACUAGACUUCAGUGCAAGCCAGGGUUUUUUAAAAGAAAAUCGCUCUUUGAUGGGGUCACAAACCACUCAGUGCACGCUAAAUCCAACAGGCAAUGAUCAACAUAACCUCCUUAGUCCUGGAGGGACGCUAGCACCUUCCAGUCAGGCAGGAAGUGCAACUGCACAAAACCAGAGACCACAGCAGACACCUUUUUCAGGAGCGUUAGUGACCAAGCCUAGCUCUUCAAUCCCAGCAAACAAUCCUCUGGUCACCCAGCUUCUUCAAGGUAAAGAGGUUCCAUUGGAAAAGAUCCUCCCAAAGCCACUAGCCAAAGUGGAGGUUCAGUCUAUGGCAAUUUCUGCCAGAGAUGAAGGUACCACCACUGAUGGGUUGAAAAAAGAUAACCCAACAAACCAAGAAGAUGUUAGCAAAUUUGGGAACCAAAUUCCUUUUGGCUCAUCUGUGAUGCAAGUCAGAAGUAUGGACAAGUUGGUCAAUGUUGGCACUCAGGACCAGAUUCUCCAUCCACCAAGGCACAAAUGUGAGCAAAAGCACACCAAUUCAAACUGUCAACCCUCUCAAUUUCAAUCCUGUCAGUUAGGUCACCUUGAGAGCAGCCUGGACCAGAGUGUCCAUCUAGGAAUCUUUGGACGGAAGAGGUUAUCUAAGCCAGCUAUGACAGGACACUACCUCCUCAAUGUCUCCACAUAUGGUAGAGUAUCCGAGAGCAGCAAACGACCGCACCUAGCUACUAAUACAAGCUCUGCCCUUGCCAACCUGAAGAAAGAGAAAACUGAAACAGAGGAGAGUGUGAAAGGGAAGACAGAAUCACUUGCAGGGUCUCAUACCACCUCUCAAGGACUCCUGAAUUUCCCAAAGGUCAAAGUGGAACAGCAGGGAUGUUUCAUCAAUAAACCAGAUGAUGGUUUGGCAUCCCAACCUUGUUCUGAUAUAAAGUCUGAAUCUCCAUCACUGAGCUGUUUAUCCAGCCAAGAAGGCAGCACUUCUACUAGAACCAAAGAAACAUGCUCAAGAAGCUCACAGCUUGAUAUGUGCAGCAGUAUACAGGGUAAAACAGAGCGUUAUCAGUUAAGUGACUGCAACCAACGCACGUUUUUGUCUCAGAAAGCCCAUAAUGGACCUCAGUAUGGUGGCACUAUCAGCAUGUCUGUCCCUCAUGCACUGAACCACAGCAUGGCUGACACUCCAACUUCUCCCACCGUGUCCUGCAGCGGUGAUGGUGAAACGGCUGGUGGAGGGAUGAUGUCUUUUUCCGUCACCGUCACUGCCAUACCUGCAGGUCACCUACUGGAUCAGAGCAGUCAGGGUGAGACCUCACCUGAGCAAGCCUACAUAGAAACCUCUGGGAUGGAGGACGUCCAAUCAAAGUGCUACUGUCGGCUGAAGGCCAUGAUUAUGUGCAAGGGAUGUGGCGCUUUCUGUCACGAUGAUUGCAUUGGUCCAUCCAAACUAUGUGUUUCAUGUUUGGUGGUACGAUAAUGACUGCGACUCAUUCAUUCAUUCAUUCAAAAAGAAAAAGCAAUCACUGCAGUAAAGGUAACAGAAAUGUUACAACAGUGAUGCUUUCGCUGUGGUAACCUAUUCAUCUAUCCAUUGUCAUUUGAGACAGGCUGUUGUGCUGUUAUUCUUUGGGGGGAAUUCACUAAGAAUGAAUUGCACCUGCUAAUAGUGCUGCUUAUUUGCACGUACAUUCUGCUUUAUUUUAGCGGUCGAUUCAGGAAAGGAAUUAUGCAAAUCAGGUAAUGAUGUAAACAUGGCCAGCUACAAGUUCUGUUCUUGUAAAGGGGCUUUCGCACUGGAGGAACCUCAUUGUUCCUAGAACUAUUGGCGGAAGUACCUUUUGAUUUUGCAUUGUUGCACCGCAGGAACUAGGAUCGAUUUUAGUUCUAGGAACUAUAUAUUAGCUCCUACUUCAGAGUAGGGUCUAAACCAGCAUUAUAGGAACUACCAGUGACGUCAUGACAUGUCAAACACCAGCACCCAGCAUUUUUUUUAAAAAGCAGUGUAAACAUAUUUACUUCAGGAACAUGGAAAACAGCGAUAACGGCAUUUACCUGUUGUCUGCAGUGCUGUAUUCUUUUCUCCGCCUAGAUGAUAUGUAAUACUACAAGUUGUCAUAGGAGAUUUCGGGCCCUAUUUUAACAAUCUAGGAUUAGUUCUCUGGGAACUAUCCUAGUGGCUUGUUCCUAGAACUAUUCGGUGCGAAAGCCCCUUAAGUCAGUUCUGAUUGCUUAGUUGUGGGGAUAGCAGCAGACUACCGUGAUAUGGCAAGCUUUACUGGAACUGUACAGUAUGGCUGCAAUCCAGACACCUGAAUCGACUCUUUAAAGUGCAGAAAAUGCACUUAACUACACUGUAUGUCUGGAUAUGUGCCUGGUCAUCAUGCUUUUGUCUAUCAUUUACAGUUUCAGAGCUUUAAGCGCCUGGUUAAACUGGAUUGCGGGUGGCUGCUAGUGAACAACUUGCAGGUUUUUGUGCUGCAUGAAUUUGCUAGGGCUGGGACAAUAAAUCGAUUAAUCUCGAUUCAUGGAUUAAUUUCUGAGAUUUUCUGAAUGCAUCGCGAUUCUCCCUCAAAUCAAUUCUGAGCUUAGUUUUUAACAGCAGUUGGUGCUCUAGGCUAGUUUUUAAACACGUUCAAAUGCUCAUGAAGAAGAGCGCUCGUGCGUUCGGUGCGUAAUUUUUUUUUUUUUUUUCCCCAAACAAGUUCAGUGGAAAUCCCACCCUGGAGCCGAUUCUAAACAUUUCAUUGGCCAUGUCAAUCACAGUAACGAACCCAACCCUGAUCCCUAAACCUACCCGUCACUGUAACCUCAGCCAAUGAAAUUGGUUGCAGGGCAGGGAUUUCCAUUGAACCAUUUGGGGGGAAAAAAAAUCACAUGCGUUCGGCUGAGUCUGUGUAUGUAUUUGCACCUCAGGAUGCUUUUAUUACGCGAGAUUAAUGUAAACAGCCCACUGCAAACACCCUUGUAAUUUGCUUCAACCUUUUUGAACUUAAUGAAUAAUUAUUUUAUAGAAGGUUCAAGUGAUGUGUGUAAGAAAUUGGAAGCAAGCAGAGUACGGCUGUUUCUAAAGCACACAGUGCCAUCUGAAUCGAUUCAGGAGAGAAUCACGAUGCAUUCGGAAAAAUACCGAAACGAUCCAGAAUCAUUUCUCGAUUCCGAUGCAUCGAUUUAUUGUCCCAGCCCCAGAAUUUGCCCCAUUGUUUUUCUUUACAGCACAAUUAGCAUAGUAGAAUAUGAGGUAUGUAAAAUGUGCAAUGCCGAGUAAUACUUCCUCUCAUUCGUUGAGCACCUUUCUUUAGACUCAAGACUAAUAGUGGCAAUAUUUAAGGCUUGUUUCUUUUCUUUAAUAUUUUUGUAACAAUUUUAGAAAUGGAAAUCAAUAUACUACUAUUUUUGUAGAUGUUAAAAAUCAUGAUCCCCCCCCCAUAUCCUCUUAGCCCUCAGAUUUUGGAUCUUUUACAUAUAAUUAUGGAUUAGAAACAUAUAACAUCAAUAUUUAGUCUUUGUUUAUCCUGCAAAACAAUUUGUUGGUUGGUUUUAGCCUUUGUGACUCACAACCACACAACUGAAAUACCAAUUACUUUGCAGAAUUACUGUGAAUAUGUAAACCUAAUAUAUUAACCUGCCUUGUUACUAGGUUUAUAUGGUACUGUUAAAAGUUAUUUAUGGGAUAGAAGGGAGUUUUGUCAAAUGAGUUAACAGGCUAGCACUUCUCUUGCAUCGGUGGGUUUUACUUGAGAGCACAAUGCAAGAACAGGUUUAUACUGAUAAUGGCAAUAAUUUGUACAUUUACAAUAUUUAUAAAAUAAAGAGCAUUAGCCCCUUUAAAUAAUUUUCUUCAGAAAAAAAAAGGAUUUAUUAGGGUUGCACUUUUUUUAUGUUCAGAAAAUGACUUUACCUUUGCUAUACCUUCAAAAAUGGCUUGUAAGAAUGAAUAGAAUUAAAGCACUUCUUAAUCAAAUAAUCUAUUAUACCCUCUCAGGAGAAAAAAAAAAACAGGUCUUAAUCAUUUCAGUAACCUGUGUCUAAACAUUUGAGUUGUUUACGCCACAUGAAUGACAUUGCCUCUAAUUGGAAUAGUAGAUAUUCCCAGUAACCUAAUGCAGAUAUCCACAGGAAAACUAUACGAGCAAUGAAGUUAAACACUCAGAAGGGAGAUUAUAUGAAGAUGUUUGUUUUGUUUUAUAUUGUAAAUACUGACUUUCUUUUGAGAUGUACAAACAUUUUCUACAAAGCAUUCUUGAAUCUUGCCUACACAUAUCCGAUUGUCUGAUUGGGUUUUUGUUUGAGAAAUACUGUCCGACACAAAUCAUAAUUUUAAUCAUAUUGCAACAUUAAAUGUUGUGGCUCAGUUUCUGUCCUGAAACAAUUCUGCUAAACAUAAAUUUUGAUACCAAUAAUUCUAUGUAUGUUUAAAAAAAAAUGUCUUGCAUCUUUGAAUUAGUCUUUUUUUUUUUUUUUUAAAUCGUCUGACUUCCAGGCAAUAGAAAAGUAAAAGAAUUUUAGAUAAGAUUUGCUUUGUAAUAUACCAAAGUCAAUUUAUGGUAACUAGAUAAUCAGUUUUUGUUUUUAAUGUCUGUCUAGUUAAGCAAAGUAAUAUAUUUUAAGUAAUAUAUUUUAAUAAAAAGAAGUCUAUUUACAAAACAUUUAAGAAACAGGGUAUUUACUAUAUCUUUAUAUUGGCUGUCCCAUUUUGGUAUACCUUUGUCUGAGGAGGUGUACAGACUUUUUACACAUUUUUUUGUACCAGGGCCCUUGUGAUAGUCUGAUCCCUUGUGUGGCUAGUUUUGCCUGCAAUGAAUUGAUGUUCCCUCACAGUGGAUUUUUAAUUGACUAAUAAUAUCUGUGACACUUACAGCUCACUUUAUUGAAGUCUAGCUUAUUACAGAAAAAAAAAAAAAAAUCCAUCAGGUUAUACUGUAGUAUUUGUGUUGGAUGAAUAACAUUUUAAUAGCUUGGUGGUUGGGUUGUGCUGAAUGUCUUUGGGUGUGAGAUUGUUUUCAGGCUUUCAAUUUGUCAGUGGGUAAACUAUCGCUUUCAUUUACAUGUACUAUACAUAUGCAGCAUUUAAACAUACAAGAGACUCAUAGAAUAUAACUGUGAUAACUCCGUUAUACUUUAUAUCAGGCCUUAGAACUGAUUUGAAUUUUAAAAACUGAUAUUUGGGUUCUUGGAAAUGUUUUAAUAUGUCAGAGCUGUAAACGAGCAAUCGUUGUUUAUUUACUGCUUUCAUUUCCUUUGAUAGAGUUGCAAUGCAUGACUUGCCACCAUCUCUGUCCUCAACCUUAUAUGCCUGUGACAUUUUACAAAACACUUGGAUUUUUAAUUAAAGAGUCUGCGGAACCCUGAAAUGAUACGACUCUUAGUGCAGGAGAUGUUGUUAUUCCAGAACUUAGAGUGGCUUCCACAAUGUGUGUUAUGUCAAAUAUUUUAUGUAAAAUAAAGGUGAAUGUAAUAUAGUAAUUGUAAUCAGCACUUGUAAAGCAAAGUGUAUUUUAUCAAGAAACAAUAUGAAUAAAAUGCAGUAAAACCAA